UGCUUUCCCAACGGGGCGGGGUGGCGCUCACUCCGGCGCACAGCUCACCGCCGUCGGCUGCUCUUCCCACACCGUCUGUCCGCCUCUGCUUCGACAAACAUGGGUGUAGAGAAGGAAAAGCUGGACACCAGCAUAAUUAUGGACGAAGAUGAGUUUAACAGAUCCAUAGAGCCUAUUCUGUCGAAAAAAGGGAAGGUGUAUCCAGCUGCGCAGGAUCGGGAUCCAAACGAGAUCAACACGCAUCUGAAGGUGAGUUUCGAGGAUGUCAUCGGCGAGCCAAUUUCCACCCAUAGCUUCGACAAGGUGUGGAUAGGAAGUCACGCCACCUUUGAGCUGGUCAAGUUCUUCUUCUACCGCCUACUGACCACACUGCUGGCUGUGCCCAUGGCUUUCAUACUUGGGCUCAUUUUUGGAGUUCUCAGCUGUGCCCAUAUCUGGUUGGUGAUGCCAAUGAUCCAGAGCUUCAUGAUGCUCCUGCCUUCAGCGCAGAAAAUAUGGAGGAGUCUGAUGGACAUUCUCAUAACACCGCUGUUCCACAGCCUGGGAAAAUGUUUGUCCUCCAUUCAGGUUCAGAUGACAGAAAGUGAUGCAGACACCCCUCUGUCCCCAGGAAGAAGAUACCUUCUUUAGGAGAGAGUAGAGUGGUUGGAAAAGGUUAAAUAGGAGGAUAUAUGAACUCUUAAAAAGUAAAAUAUGAAAUGCAGAAAAUGUUUAGUUAAAUAUAGUCAAUCAUUGGGAAAAAGUAGUUAGAUUAUGGCCACAAGACUUCAUAUUGCAAUAGCAGACUCUGUUCUGUAGAGAGACGGGCAUCAGGGUUAGAGACUGGGUCAGAGAAAGUUAGAGAAUAGUGUUGUGAAUUGGCGCUAUAUAAAUAAACUGAAUUGAAUUAAAUUUGUACUACCUAAAUAUAAAUAUAGUAUUGAUAGCAUUUACUUGGUUUUAUUUUGAUUUACACCAAAGUGUUCUGGUCAUUGUUUCUCUGAAGUGGAUUUGGGUGAAGUCUUGAUGACUAGAUAGUAAGGGUGUAAUAAGAUCUCUUGGCACAAGAUGUUAUGAUAAUGAAAUUCUACCAUAUUUCUUGUGUAAAAGAAGACCGUCUCAAUAAGUACUAUCCAGUUGCUGAUAUCAUGUGACUUUGUCUGGUGUAAGUGUAAGCUAUUGCUAAGAGCCUUGGACAUGAAGGUCAGAAGGCUAUGUUUGAGACUCCUACUUUGAAGUUAGAAAAGACAUGGUUUUUGAGUUGUUGCCCUGUUGUUUUGAAGGAGUUACCUAACAAAGACAGGCUGUUUGGACUGAUGACACUUACUUACAAAAGCAGUGAAAAAGCAUCUACUACUUUUGACUUGUGUGGCAGCCUUUGCUGUUAGUAAGCAUUUUGAGAAUACCGCAACUGAUGAAUUAUCAGCCAUCGACAUCUGCUUUGGAGUUUCCAAAACUAAAGGGCUGUUUGGUCCUCUACAGUUCAAAAUGUAUUUGCAUUGACAGCAACAUAGUAGUAUAUAAGAUGAACAAAUUAGUCAAUGGGCUAACUGUUAGCCAUUAUCGACGCUAAAGUUAAAUGUUUUUGCUUAUGAAAUGCUUCUGAAAACCCCAUUUAAAAAUGUUUUGGAUAAGGGUCAGACAGGAUAGAUGUAUCUUAAAUGAUCAGCAAAAUAUAAACAAUUUGUGUUAUUUUAUGGUUAAUAAUCAUUUAUGUUUGAUAUGACUAGGAGCUUAUGAGCACUGCCCAGAAUGCAGUUGUGCUUUCAAUUGUGACCAAAAAAUUCUUGUCAUUCCAUUUCUGUUCAAGCAUAACUUGCUGACAUAUUAAUACCUGUUAAUAAAGUAUUUCUACUCUAUAAAUAUAUAUAAGUUGUAUAUAUUGCAAACUAUUCAACUAGAAGUUGUAAUGAGCUGAAUGAAAGAAGGCAUUAUAUGACAGUACUUUAUCUGACUAAAGCUAAGAUGCAGCAUUUUGCACAUAUGCAGGCAUAUACUAACAUAUCUACUGUGUUGAAUUCACAUUACGGUUACAAUAAUGUUGGGCUUCUACUUUUAUUUGGGAUUUAUUGUUAUUUCAAAAAGCUUCCGGAGCUCUUCUGAGAAGAGAAUAUAGUGUGUUUAUGAUUGACACACACCUACAGAAGUGAACUGCUGUGGAAUUAGAGUUAAUACAGCACAUUACAUGAAAGAAAGCUAAAAAGCAGGAAUAGCUCGACCUUGCUGCUUCUUCUAUAUGGUGCUUAUACUCUGGAUGAACACCAGCUACUUGGCCAUUGUAAGGCUGCCUCACUCAUAUUGCAAUUUUUCAUCACAAUCUUUUAGAACAUAACUGAAUUGCAGCAUAUUAAAAAAACCUCUAUGAGUAUAAAAUAAAUCAUAACACGGUUUUGCUCGUAAUGAUAGCCAAAAAGCUAGGUUAUUUUCCACAUCCCUGAGGUUCUAUGCACCCCUCUUGAAGGCUUAUUCAUUAGCAGCAUGAAUGUCCUACCAUAUACACUCACAUUUGAACCAUAUCUUGGGUCAUGACCUGGUCUGACUCUGUCAGACUGAGGACCAGCUAGAUCAACAUGCAGUCCUAGCACAACUCUACUUCCAUGAUGGUGUUGUAUCCUUGGCAAGAGUUUGGUGUGGCUAGCCAUGGUUUGAAUUCUCAACCACUAGGCCUCCCUGGUGUUUUGCAGCAUAUUGGGUCCCACCAGGACCUCAAUAUGCUGCCAUUCUGUUAAACUAACCCAAAACAUAAGAAUGCUUUGUGUAUGUUCAAAGCCCCCCCCAAGAAUAUCACACUCCUUAAUUAGUAAUGGGAGUCCGUUACAUUCUUAUUACAUCACAGAAGACCUUUUAACGACCAUGCAACAACCAUCCAUGGUCUGACUGAUUUUUACAUUGUAGCAUGCUCUUCAUCCUGUGUAAAGGCACCCUGCAACAUCUAGGAGACACUAAGCAAACUGAUCUCUCAAACUGCUUCAUGCAUUACUAUUAUUAUUAUCAGCAAAUUAGACAUGUUAGUUUAGUUUUUCUGUUUGUGGUUGUUGCAGGCCAGAAGAUCAUGUUUUUAUUAUUUUUACCUGUACUGGAUAAUAAAUGAGAUGAUGCUUGUUUUUUUCUGUGCAAACUUGAGUUUAGCUUUUUAGGUCUCUUAAAUAAUUUAUAGGCAGGGUUCUAUGAUGAUUGGGGUAGACAGGUUUUUUUUCUCCAUAGCCAUACCAUGUGGCAACAAUGCAUCUAGAUGUAAAAUUUAUGAAUCCAACUUGAUAAUAAAAUUAUUUAUUUGUUUUUGUUUUAUUUUAAAAAUGUUUUUGACUUGAUUUACUCUCAUAAUAGGAAAUCAGUAUAACAGGAAUAAAUGAAAUCAUGUGUAAGUUAUUAAAAAGUAAGGAUUUUUCUUCCCCCUUGAGGAAA